AUGUCGGACCUCAGGACGAGCAACCUGAAAAAGCCCGUUGAUGUGGCCGAGUACCUCUUUGCAAGACUACACCAGAUCGGCAUCCGUUCCAUCCACGGACUGCCAGGAGACUACAACCUGAUCUCCCUCGACUACCUCCCCAAGGCCGGACUCAAGUGGGUUGGCAACUGCAAUGAACUCAACGCAGCCUAUGCCGCAGACGGCUACGCGAGAGUCAAGGGCAUCGGAGCCAUCAUGACCACCUUUGGCGUGGGUGAGCUCUCGGCUAUCAACGGCCUGGCGGGUGCCUACAGUGAGAUGGUCCCCAUCGUGCACAUCGUGGGAUGUCCCUCGACGAUAUCACAACGCAACGGCAUGCUGCUGCACCACACGCUGGGCAACGGCGACUUCAACGUCUUCGCCAACAUGAGCGCCAACAUCUCGUGUGCCGUGGCCAAGCUCAACGACCCGGUCGAGAUCGCCAAUCAGAUCGACCACGCCUUGCGCGAGUGCUACCUGCGCAGCAAACCCGUCUACAUCAUGCUGCCGACCGACAUGGUCGCUCGCAAGGUCGAGGGCGCCCGCCUGGACGAGCAAAUCGAUCUGCGCGAGCCCCCCAACGACGAGGGCAAGGAGAACUAUGUCGUCGAUGUCGUGCUGAAGUACUUGCACGCCGCCAAGAACCCCGUAGUGCUCGUCGACGCCUGUGCGAUCCGCCACCGCGUGCUCGACGAGGUACACGAUUUCAUCGAGAAGACGCAGCUGCCGGUCUUCGUGACGCCCAUGGGCAAGGGCGCCAUUAACGAGUCGCACCCGAGCUUCGGCGGUGUAUACUCAGGCAAUGCAUCCCAGCCUGACGUCAAGAAGAUGGUCGAGGAAUCGGACCUCGUGCUGUCCGUCGGCGCCCUCAAGAGUGACUUCAACACGGCGGGCUUCUCAUACCGCAUGUCCCAGCUCAACACCAUCGACCUGCACAGCACCCACUGCGUCGUGCGCUACUCCGAGUACCCCGGCGUGAAGAUGCGAGGCGUGCUGCGCAAGGUCACCGACAAGGUCGACGUCAAGCAGCUCAAGGUCUCACCCCCGCCCAAGGCUCCCGCUAUCGACUUCAAGGGCAUCGAUGGCAAGAGCCCGAUCCUGCAGUCGUGGUUCUGGCCGCACGUCAACACUUUCCUCAAGGAGAACGACAUCGUCGUCACCGAGACCGGCACCGCCAACUUUGGCAUCUGGGACACUCGGUUCCCUCCCGGAGUAACGGCGCUCAACCAGACGCUAUGGGGCAGCAUCGGCUGGGCUGUGGGUGCCUGCCAGGGCGCUGCGCUCGGAGCCAAGGACGCAGAGCAGGACCGUCGGACGAUUCUGUUUGAAGGCGACGGCAGCUUGCAGCUCACGGCUCAGGAGAUCAGUACGAUGAUACGACAUAAGUUGAAUAUCAUUCUCUUCGUGAUCUGCAACGACGGCUACACCAUCGAGCGCUUCAUCCACGGCAUGGAGGCCGAGUACAACGACAUCGUCGAGUGGAAGUACAAGGACCUGCCCACCGUGUUCGGCGGCACCGACGACACGGCGCGCAAGUACGUGGUCAAGACCAAGGACGAGCUCGAGGCGCUGCUCACGGACAAGGACUUCAACGAGCGCAAGGGCAUGCGCUUCGUCGAGCUGUACAUGCCGAAAGAGGACGCGCCGCGCAGCCUGCAGCUGACGGCCGAGGCCAGCGCGAAGAACAAUGCCAAGGCUGAGUGA